GACCUCUACAAAAAAACUGAAGAGAUGAAUCUAUCAAAGAGCUGUUUCCUGGUAGCCGCAGUCUGUCUGUUACUGUCUCUAUUGAGGAUAGAGGGAAAGCAGAGCCACACAGAGGAGCUGUUCCUCAAGCACCUGCCCGAUGGAAGAGUGUUCGCUCAUUUUGAGUUCACCACUACAUGGGACGUCCAUCCUCUGCUCUUCGUACAGCCUUCCAAUGUGCACCACUAUGGGCUGUUCCCCAAGUCCGUGUCAGAGGUGGUGUCCCACUACCAGGUGCAAGAGGCCCACCUCUCCCUCACACAAGGAAAGUGGCGGACAAGGGUGUGGGGCUAUCCUCCUGACUCCACCCCUCCUGGAGCUGAGCUCUGGGUCUGGUUCCUACCCAAUGCAGAUGCCAAACAACAAUGGCCUGGUUUGGUGAACGCACUGUCUGGUUUGCUGUGUGCUCAUCUCAACGUGAUAGGCCCCACCUCAACCUACCGACCUCUCCACUCAUUCAGACCCAAGGGACCCGUUAUCGGUAAUCUCUCCUCCAGCCAGCUGCGAUAUGCCGCUGUUCCCAGGGAGACCGUGUGCACUGAAAAUUUUACUCCCUGGACCAAGCUACUCCCAUGUGGAACCUCUGCUGGUCUGGCCUCCCUGUUCUCAGCUCUGCAGCUGUAUGACACCGACUUCCACUCUCUCGCUCUCCACUUCUCUCCCACCUGCAAGGGUGGUGACUGCUCCUCUGUGGGGGUCCAGUUAGUUCAGACACUCUCUGUAGUGUUCCCCCCUCCCAUCAACAGCCAGCAGUACAUUGAAUGGAGUCUCAAGAGUCUAUUCUCCAAGUCUCUCUCCUCGUCCUGUCCUCUCUCGUCUUCAAGUCGUAUUGUCAUGGAUACGAGCAAUUUAACCUCUGGAUUGGCCUUCAGCAUUGACCCUCCCAGAGUGGAGGCCUCAGGCAGAGCAGUUUACGAUAUUGCCAGCCUUACAGGAUUGUCGAAAAAGUUUGAUCUGAAGGUGAAGUCGCUGACACAGUUCGUCCCAGAAAUGCCCCGCCCCCCGCUGCUUCACACACAGCGACUGUUAAAGGGCUCUGGUCACGAAUGGGGCGGUCUUGUGACAGAGGUCUACAACAACCAUCGUCACACCUCGGUGAGAGUGCUCUACCUGGACACCAUUCCCUGGUACUUCAGGGUCUUCAUACACACACUGAGCAUUCAGAAUGCCACUGUGUCAUACCAGCACUACGAGCCGAGUAAGGAUCGGGUGAGACCACACCUACUGGAACUCCUUCUCACCGUACCUCCCCUCACCACGGCAAUCGUCAGUGUCAUGAUUAACAGGGGCUUCCUUAAAUGGACUGAACACCCUCCCGAUGCACAUCACGGCUUCUACGUCAAUUCCGUUGUCCUGACGACUGUUUUGGAAGAGUGCCCCAACUGUACACAGCUAUCAGACAAUGGGACGAAAGGUCCGUAUGCCCUUAGGAUACACACAGAACCAUUGCUCAUCUCCAUAGCCACUCCAGACUUCAGUAUGCCCUACAAUGUCAUCUGUUUCGUGUGCACAGUGAUAGCCAUAGGAUUCGGCUCCAUCUUCAACCUAACCACUCGUAAACUAGUUCCUGACACUAAAGAAAACAAAACUGGAAUAUUUUCCCGGCUGACAGGAUUUCUGACGAGAGGUACUAAAAAAGAGCAAGAGGAUUCAAUAGAGAGCAAAGAAGAGACUGACACAAACGUUGAACAAUCUAUAGAGAAUCAAUAGCAUUUUUAAUUAAGAAGUAUCAAUUACCAUAAGAAUGUGCAUAUACAUGUACCACGGUUACAUGUAUUCCUGCUUGUGCUUUGCUCACACUAUAUAAAUGAGCUGUUCCUCAUAAAAUUAUCGUGUGAAAAC